AUGCAUCCUGGAGCUGCUGCUACUGCUUCAUUUGCAAUAAUUGCAUUUUUUUUAUUAAUUCCACCAUUUGCAUGGCAUUUAAAAUCAAAAAAUAUUCCUGCAAUUUUUUUAGUAUUUUGGUUAAUUAUAAUAAAUUUAAUUGGUUUUAUAAAUGCAAUGAUAUGGAGUGGUGAUAAUUUUACUCAAGUUUAUGAUGGACAAGGUUGGUGUGAUAUUACAACAAAAUUAGAAGCUGGUUCAGGUGUUGGAAAAUUAUGUGCUAUUACUUGUAUUUCAAUGAAUCUUUAUAUGAUUUUAUGUGCUAAACAUCCACUGUUUAUGGAUCCAAAAAGUUGGAAAAAAAUUACAAUUGAUUUGGUGAUGUGUUUAUUUACUCCAAUUUUUAUAAUGUCAACAAAUUUUAUUAUUCAAUCUAAAAGAUAUUAUAUUGCAAGAUAUAAUGGUUGUGUUACUGUUUAUUCUCCUACUAAUGCUACUAUUGGAUUAUUUUUGGUAUGGCCAGUUAUAUGGAGUAUAAUUGCAUUAAUAUUUGCUUUAUUGACAUUAUAUAAAUAUUUUCAAAAAAGAAAAGAUGUUAAAGAUUUAUUAAAAUGUACAAAUUCUGGAUUAAAUUUAAAAAGAUUUGCAAGAUUAUUAAUUUUUAAUUUCUUGAUUGUAUUUGCAAUGACACCAUUGGCAAUAUUAUAUUUUACUCAACAAAAUCAAUAUAUAGAAUCUAAAUUCAAUUGGAAUGUUGUUCAUGAUUCUACUUGGGGUCAAAUUCAAUAUGUUGAUAUUGGGUUUUUCACAAUGGCUGAUAGAAUAGUUAAUAUUACUUUAUCAAUUAUUGCAUUUUUAUUAUUUGGUUUAGGUAAAGAUGCUUUAUCAAUGUAUAAAUCAUUUUUUAGAAGAUUUCAACCAAAAAGAUUUAAUAAUUCAAAAGAUGAUAACUUCAAUAGUGGUACAUUAUCUAAACAAACAACAUAUAUUAAUUCAUCUACUCCAACAAAAUUAUUAUCAAAUAAAUCUCAAUUUAGUGCAGGCACUAAUUUUAGUCAACCAACAAUGCGUGAUUUUAAUGAAUUUGGAGAUGUUAUUAAUGAAUUAGGUUUAGAUGAUAAUUUAAAUAACAACUCAUCUUCCUUAAAUUUAGAAUCUAAAACAGAACUAUUAAAAGAUGAAGAUGAUGAAGCUAAAAUUGGAUAUAUUGAAGUUGAAGAUUCUAAUUUAAAUGAUGAUAUAUUAUACACUUAUGAAGUUAAACAAAAAAUUUAA